CCACUAUCUUAACCCAAACCCAACAACAACCUGUCCUCUUACCAUACGAAAUUUUCAACCUCUUGCCCCCAUGUCUGCUCAAAUUUCUUCACGAGCAACAAUCCUACUUCGCCCCAAUGUCUUUUCUUCUCGUAUAUCCACUGUCAAUAGGUGGAGAUAUUCAAGUACAAUUCCAACGAAGUCCCCCAAAACGCUUCCUGCCUUCUCGAUGGAGGGAAAAGUUUGUCUCAUCACCGGUGCUGCUCGUGGAUUAGGCAACGAGUUUUGUCGCGCUUUUGUUCAGUCUGGAUGUACAACGAUGGCAAUUGUUGACCUAAAAGAGUCAGAAGCAAAGGCCGCUGCACAGGAGCUUGCUCAACUCGCAUGCGUUAACAGCGACCUGAAGAAGGAAGACGUCAAAAUCAUUGGCAUCGAGUGCGACGUUUCGUCUGAGCUAUCUGUUCAGAGAGCGUAUGCUGAGACUAUCAACACAUUUGGGCGUGUAGACUCGGUCGUUGCUUCCGCUGGUAUCGUUGAGAACUACGCAGCAUUUGAUUACCCAUUCGAUCGUAUAAAACGUUUGUAUGAUAUUAACGUCCAUGGUGCCUUCUUCACUGCACGUGAAGCGGCGCGUAAUAUGAUCCCUCAAGGCGGUGGAUCUAUAGUAUUGGUAGCUAGUAUGAGCGCCAACAUCAUCAACAUUCCUCAGCCCCAAACGCCCUACAACGCGUCAAAAGCCGCUGUGAGGCACAUGGCCUCUAGUCUGGCUGUCGAGUGGGCGAAGAAAAAUGUCCGAGUCAACGUUCUCAGUCCUGGGUACAUGGCGACCAAGUUAACAAGGACUAUCCUCAACCACGACCCUGAGUUGAAGAAAACAUGGGAGAGCUUAACUCCAAUGGGACGGAUCGGAGAACCUGAGGAUCUAGCAGGUGCUAUCGUUUACUUGGCAAGCGACGCUUCAAGAUUCAUGACCGGAUCCGAAAUUCGUGUCGACGGAGGGUAUACCAUCAUCUAAGUAGUUUGGUUAUUCCUUUUAUCUUUUCCCCAAAAAAAUUCGCUUUAUUUUGUCUGGCAUAUAGAGGUAUCUUACACGCCGUAGGCUCACUAUAUCUUAUCGACUUGGGCUACUAUUAUAUUGUAUACAUAUCCAACGCUAUCUUCUUAUAUAGCUUUUGUUUAUGGAUGCAUGACUUUGAUUCACCUAAUUCUCAUGUAACGCAUUUCGGGAAGGAACGUGGAGCGAUGAGGAGCC